AUGACGACCAACCAUCUAGACGUUUCCGAAGUCGAUAGCUAUGACUACCUCAUCGUGGGAGGUGGGACGGCAGGCUGUGUGAUUGCAUCCCGCCUAGCUGAAUACCUGCCGGAGAAGAAGAUACUGUUGAUAGAGGCCGGGCCCAGUGAUUUUAUGGAUGAUCGAGUCCUGGAUCUCAAACAAUGGCUCAGCCUUCUUGGAGGAGAACUCGACUAUGACUACGGGACUACUGAGCAACCGAUGGGCAAUUCCCACAUCAGGCAUUCUCGCGCCAAAGUCCUGGGUGGUUGCUCCAGUCACAACACGCUGAUCUCCUUUCGGCCCUUUGAGUAUGACUGCAAGAUCUGGGAGUCGAUGGGUGCCAAAGGCUGGACCUUUCCCAUGUUUAUGCGUGUGUUGAACAAGCUUCGGAAUACCGUCCAACCCGUUCAUGCUCGCCACCGGAAUCAGUUGUGCAAAGAUUGGGUCCAGUCGUGUAGUACCGCCAUGAACAUCCCAAUCGUACACGAUUUCAACGCACACAUUGCGGCCACGGGCGCGUUACGGGAGUGCGUGGGCUUUUUCUCCGUCAGCUAUAAUCCGGAUGACGGCCGGAGAUCCAGCGCCAGCGUGGCCUAUAUUCACCCUAUCCUCCGGGGCGAGGAACACAGACCUAAUCUCAAGAUCCUUACCAACUCCUGGGUCUCCAAGAUCAAUGUCCGCGACGACACAGUGACAGGCGUCAACAUCACCCUCCAAUCAGGCCAAAAGUUGACACUCACCGCACGAACCGAGACCAUCCUCUGUGCCGGCGCUGUCGACACACCGCGGCUGAUGCUCCUCUCCGGGCUGGGACCGGCUGAGGAACUGUCCUCUCUUUCCAUCCCUGUGGUAAAGAACAUCCCUGGUGUGGGUGAAAACCUCCUCGACCAUCCGGAAACCAUCAUCAUCUGGGAGCUCAACCGACCGGUGCCACCAAACCAGACCACCAUGGAUUCGGACGCCGGUAUCUUCCUCCGCCGUGAAGCUCCUGAUGCGGCAGGGAAGAAAUCCACGCCAACAAAUCCUGCCGCGAUCCCGGACGGCAACAUUGCAGACGUGAUGAUGCAUUGCUACCAGAUCCCUUUCUGCUUGAACACGACCAGAUUGGGCUACGACACCCCGAUCGAUGCAUUCUGCAUGACACCCAACAUCCCUCGUCCUCGAUCGCGGGGCAAACUUUAUCUCACUUCGUCUGACCCCAGCGUCAAACCGGCACUAGACUUCCGCUACUUCACGGAUCCUGAAGGCUACGACGCCGCGACUUUCGUCUUUGGAAUCAGAGCCGCGCGCAAGAUCGCGCAGCAAUCUCCAUUCAAGGAGUGGAUCAAGCGCGAAGUGGCCCCAGGACCUGCGGUCCAAUCCGACGAGGCACUCUCCGAGUAUGCGAGAAAGGUUGCACACACCGUGUACCACCCCGCGGGCACGACCAAAAUGGGAGACGUGCACAAGGACGAGAAAGCGGUGGUGGACGAGAACUUGAAGGUGAGGGGCCUCAAGGGGCUAAGGAUCGCAGAUGCGGGCGUGUUCCCGGCCAUGACCACCAUCAACCCGAUGUUGACGGUGCUGGGGAUCGGGGAGCGAUGUGCCGAGCUGGUCGCCAUUGAGGCAGGCUGGCGGCUGACGGACGUGGAAAUGAGCGGACGCGGCUGGGCGAACGACAAGGGACUCCGACCCAGACUGUAA